UAACCGGGCGUCACACUUGUGUCAGAGUUUCGCUCAGACAUUGUGUGGUGUUCGAGUGCGACCCGAAAGAACACGAUCUAAUCCGAGACCGGUGGACGAAAGGCAGGAUGUGGGUGUUGUUGGCAAGAUUGGCAGCUAUUACCCAUAGCUAAUUGAGCUUGAGAAGGACUGGCUCUGCACUCACUGCUCUGUCCAAGGAAGUGAAGUCAUUGAGGGCACCAUGCCAAUCCAUGGAAUGUUAAAACUACCCUCAGCUUUGAAGUAGGAAGGAACAGAAGUUCAAUUCACACACUCGUAAAGCACAGAAGGAGGUCCUUAAAGCUCGCUGAGUCUGCUGCAGCUCUUUUGAAGAUUCAGUUCACUACCCAGCUUUAGCCCUAAAAUAUCUUUUUCCUUCAAAUGUUUAUUCAAUAAGUUUUUGAAACCUAAGAUGGUGAACUGAAGCUGCCAACGGCUUUGUUAAACGAUCAGGACUUUUUACACAGUCCUUUUGCAAUUUCUGCUGCAGAGCUCAGAGAUAAGGCAGAUAGAAAGAGGAUGUCGUCAGAUCAGACCAGUUAUGACAGGGGCUGGCCAGCAACCAGUGCUGAACGUGUCGAGCGUCCUGGCCUACAGAGGCAGGUGCUGACCACACACUUGAUGUUAAACGCAGGUGCCAGCACCAGCGAGGAAGACGACUCUUAUAGCUCAGUGGCCGUACCACCACCACUCCCGCUGCAGCCGCCGGUGGGGUCACCGGAUGAGGAGCUGGCCAUGACUGACAUCAAGCCAAAGAGAAAGUUCAUCCCCGACUCUUGGAAAAACUUCUGGAGGGGCCGCAAAGGGCGGGACAAGUUGCUGCUUGACCUCAGUUCCUCAUGGGGAGUAGAAGAGUGCUCGCCGCCGGUGUCGCCCUUCCUAAGUCGCCGCCAGGACGCUUUGGCAAAGGGCGGCCUUUCGGAGGAGAAGCCCAGGGGUGCGGCUGAAGACGAUGAUUGCGAGACGUCCAGAAAUGAACCAGAAUCCAUGCCGGCAUUUUCAGAGAAGGAGCCCGAGACGGCCCAGAGCUACAUGGAGCGGAUGCACGUUUACCAGCUGAAACACGCCUACAUGAAGUCAUGGCCGGGGUUGCUGAGGGUACUGGGAGUGAUGGAGCUACUGUUCGGAGCAAUGGUCUUCGCUUGUAUAUGUGCAUACGUACAGAAAGACAGCCAGUGGUACAACUUUAUUGGUGGAUCUUACCCAUCCUACGGACUCGGGAACAAUUAUUACUAUACUGGACCCAAAACGCCUUUCGUUCUGGUCAUGGUUGCUCUGGUCUGGGUUGUGACAAUAGGCCUCCUGGUCUUGGGACUGUCCCUGUAUUAUAGAACUAUUCUUCUCGACUCGGGCUGGUGGCCGCUGACAGAGUUCACCAUGAACACCUGCCACUUUUUUUUGAACAUGGCAGCGGGCAUUGUCUACGUCAACGGGUUAGGCCUGGGAGGCUUGUGCUACACCAUGCUGGCCAACAAUCCUCUCUACUACCAGCUGUGCCGAGUGGAGAGUGGACAGAUUGCUGCCACGGCCUUCCUGUUUGUCAACAUGCUCCUGUACCUGGUCAGCGCGGGUGUGUGUCUCAAGGUGUGGCGUCACGAGCUGAACAGAAAACAGCGGGAGGCUUUGGCAAGUAAGCGUGGAACGGUCCGGGUGAUCACACAGAGGCACCCGUUCUUAUUCAAGCGCAUGUCAUUCCGGACAAAAGCAUCACGACCUCCAGGUGAAGAGAACAUCCCAUCAAGGUCCAAUGGUGUACACACCCUGAAAAAGUCUAUUCCAGCUGGAUUUAUUCCGAAGCCCCUCAUUGUUCCUGAUUAUGUAACGAAGUACCCGAAGAUUGAGGCUGCAGAGGAGAGAGAGCGCUACAAGGGAGUGUUCAACGACCAGUAUGCAGAGUACAGAGAGCUGCACAGUGAGAUCCACGCUGCCAACAGGAAGUUUGCAGAGCUGAAGACCCUGAUAGAGAAACUGCCCCGUUACACGGAGACAUCAGAGGAACACAAGCGGAUCAUGAAGAUCAUAGAAGAUUAUAAGGAGAAAAAAAACGACCCAGCGUUUGUGGAGAAGAAACAACGAUGCACCUACCUGAAAAACAAGCUCUCGUAUAUCAAGCAGCGGAUCCAAGACUAUGAUCUAAAAUGUGAUUCCUCUGGGAAAGGAUUACUCAUGUGUAAGGUUUCGACCAAGCACACGAAUGCUGAGUCCAGCUUUGGUGACUCAGCACAGAGGUUGCUGAAGUGGCCCUUGAAAAGACUCAAAGAAAAUCAACACGAGAGGAAAGAGCUGUUUCAGAACAGGCUGAGAGCUGAAAGUUCACCAGCUUCUCUUGGUGACAUGCAAGCCAUCAUCCUCCUCAAAGGCACCACCUCCAUGCAAACUGGGACCAACCAAAGCUGUGCCUCAGCACUUGUCCUCACCCCCGACCGCCUGACUGGAUAUCUGCUUCCCAGCUCCAACACUGCAGCGGAACUAAAUCACACCAUGAGCGGAGAACAGUUUCGGGUCCAAGCUCAGCCAUCGUUUUACACCUGCAUUCCGCACAUGGCCAGUCGUUUUGCCAGCAUCAUGUAUGAGAGUCGACCUCUCGGCAGCCCGCCUGCCUACAGCCCUACACAGUACAGCCAGCCGGUGGCGUACAGACCCUCGAUGGGCAGCUUUGAAUUUGACGUGCAUUCGCCCCCGCCGGGCUCUUACUACAUUGAGGAUCAGCCGCAGCACUUUUACAAGUGGAGCUCCCCGCCGGGCAUCGUCCGCAUUUUAGAAGGGAUUGUUAUCAUCUUGUGCCUGGCUAUUUUUGCCUGUGUGGCGUCCACGUUGCAGUGGCAGUACGGUUACGGUUAUGGCUUGGGCUACGGUGGACUCGGAAUGGGUGGCGGCAUGUACCCUGGGUUAGGAGGCGGGAGCUAUUACCCAGGAAUGGGAGGAAGCUAUUAUCCUGGGAUGGGUGGUUAUGGUGCAGGUGUCACCGACCCCAGGGCAGCCAGUGGCUUCAUGAUCGCAAUGGCGGCGAUCUCGUUUAUCGUUGUCCUAGCCUUCUUCAUUACCAGUGUCAGCAAGUCCCAAAACUCCAGGAGUCGGAAGUUUUACCUGUUGGUGCUGGUGUUUAGCGCUAUCCUGGGAGGGAUGGAGCUGAUCGCCAGUAUCGUUUACAUCAUGGGCGUGAACCCUACAGCUGGCGGCGGUGGGUCCAUGUACUACAGCCAGAUCAGAGUGAUAUGCAGCCAGUUCUACACAGGAGGAGCAGGGUUGAUGAUGGGCAAUCAGUACCUGUAUCACUACUGUGUUGUGGAUCCUCAGGAGGCCGUGGCCAUUGUCUGCGGGUUUCUGGCGGCGCUGACAUUUUGUAUCAUUGCGUUCUUUGCUCAAAAAGUCCGGCACAAAAUAUGGAAGUACGGGAAGCCCAAUAUCAUCUGGGAUAAGAACUUUGCUGAAGUAGAGAUGGGGCCGAACGUGGAAGAGUGGGUGAAGUCGGUUCCAGCGGAAAUUAAUGAUGAUAAUGAGACACUUCAGUUCUCUGAUAAACCAGCCAAUGGAAUCAAUGUAAUGAGUGCCGCGGAUUAUAACUCACAACCAACCACGUACACCUUGGAGAGUCAAACCGAUAGUCCGUAUCAGCCUGCCUCUUACCCCUCGAGGAACUUUAACUCUACUCCAUCGGAAGACAUGCCAAGGAAGCCUCCAGCUGGUCGGAGGAAGGGCAAGAGGAGACAACGCAGAUCGGAAAUGGAGGAGUCUCAGUAUGAGACAGAUUACACAACAGGAGCAGAGUCUGGUGAAGACAUGGAUGAGGACGAAUGGGAGAGCUUGUAUCCUCCCAUCACCUCUGACCCCAUACGGCAGGAAUACAAGCACGAAUUCGAUGCUGACCAUCAGGAAUACAAACAACUUUGUGCCGAAAUGAAAGAAGUCAACGACCAGAUUAAUUACCUGAAUAAACGACUCGAUGUCUUAACCGAAGAUGACCCUAACUACCAGGGAGUUGCUGAGGAAUACAACAGGUUAAAGGAUUUUAAACAGACACCCGAGUACCAGAGCAAGCGGCAGAGGAGCAGGCAACUGAAGAGCAAGCUGUCCCACAUCAAGCGGAUGGUCAACGAUUAUGACCGUCAGCGAGAGUAAGGCCGAGCGCGGACGCAGAUCCUUCCUCCCCUCCCCCACCCAGCCGAACACAAAAACGGAAAAUAAACUGCGGUCAUUAUUGAAAAUUCCAAACUCCAGUUGGAAGCUCCCCCAUGGACUUUAAUCUGGAUCACAGUGAGUUAGUAUGCUGCCGAGCCCUCGGCUCCAGUAUUAGUCUGGAGAAGAGCCCCGUGACUUCUGUUCCAAUGUUACUUCAAUGGAUAUUUUGUUCUAAAUGCAUAUGGACAAGCAUUUAUGUCUGAUGUUCAAUAUGUGGUUAACUGGUUAACCAAUGGUUGAUAUCGGGGGGGAAGGAGCCAAUCCAUGGCAUCAAACAAUGAGAGAAGUUAAUCCACAUAAUGUGGUCUGCGGGAGGAAUCUGAAUGGGACAUGGAACGUAUCCACGAGCAUGUGAAUGACUGGAAUCAGUCAGGAUGAUACAGUAACCGAAAACUUUUAAAAAAUUGCAGAUAAUAGAAACCUAAGAUAAAGUUAUUUUAGGUUGAUGAUAAUCCAUGAUCAAAAAUAUUUUUUAAAAAUUCUACCUUUGUUCCCAGGUCCAGGAAGAAAAUUGCAUUUAGAAACCACUUUAUAGUAUAAUUAAAAUAUUCCAAGGAGCCCUAUCAAAUUAAACUUGAAGCUGAGCCGUGGAAGAAUGGUGACCAAAAGUCCAAGAAGUUAGGUUUGUGGAAUACUGUAAAGGGGGAGGGGAGAAAGAAAAGUGGGGAAGUUACGGAGGGAAUUCCAAAGCUCAGGACAUCAGCAGCCAAAGGCAUUGCCAGUGAUGGAGGGAUGGAAAUCAAAGCUGCAAAGAGGCCACUUGGAGGAGAAUUAGGAUCCUAGGGAAUUGCAAAACUGGAGAACAUUGCAGAGAUGGAGAGAUGUGAGGAUCAUGAAGAUAUUUGAAAUUUUAAGAGUUGCCUGGCAGGUCUCUGAGAUCAAUGGGUGAUGGCCGAACAAGAGCAUGAGAGAAGGGCUAUGGGGCAGAAGGUUUAGGAUGAACUCAUUUAUGGAGAGUAGUUCAAGGGAAUACGACCAGGAAAAGAAGGCAAAAAUUGAAUCUGAAGAGGAAAAUCUUUUCAAUGGCCCUUGGCUGAAGCAGCUACUGUGAUUUUCUGGAGGCAAUUGAACAAUUGAAGUGUUAGAAGGUUGACUUGCAAAUGGUAGAAUGCAGAGAUUAUAAGUGGUGGAGUUUAGCGUUGGUGUCCAGGGAGAGGAGUGGAAGGUUGGAGAGGGGGGAAUAAGGUUGGAGAUGCAAGAGACUGCUGAUAAUGGAAUCUGGAUAAACAAUCUGCCGGAGGAACUCUGUGUGUCAAGUAGUAUCUGUGGGAAGGAAGCAAUUGUUGGUAUUUCAGGUUAAAACCUUGCAUCAGCACAGAGGGAGAGGGGAGGUAGCCAGUAUAAAGAGAGGGAGAAUGGUGACACAAGAGUCUGAAGUGAUUGGUAUACUGAGGAGGGGUGAAAGAUGACAGGCCGGUAAGGGGGAUGAGAAGGAGAGAGUGACAGGUGAAUGAUAGGUGGAAGUAGAGAAACAGAUACAAUGGAGUAAUACGGGGCCGAGAAGUGUGAAUGAGGUUCAUACUGGACUCUAACAUCCCCAAUUUUCUCUAAAUGGAUUUAUUGAAUACCAAACAAGUGACCCAAACAUGGGGCAGUGCCAACCAGACUCCAUGUUGUGAGUGGACAGAGUUUGGGGUCUGAAGAAAUCAGUCACAAGGUCAGAACUUCUGGCUAAUGGAGAGGGCAAUCUGUGAUCAGUCUAGGUGCCUGGCGACUUGUAAUGUUCCAGCCCUCUCGCCCCAAGUGUAUCCAAAUGGAACAGCUUCGUCAAACUUCCUAGUGAUACAGGCCUAUUUUUAUUUGGAUUUUUUUAAAAAUUGCAUCUCUAGUUUUGUUUGUGCUUCGUGAUUAUUUACUUUAUCAGUACUGAAAUCUGCAAAUUCAGAAAUAAUUAUGUGUUUAAAUAAGUCAACAGUAUCGAGUAAUUUAGUCUGAACAUUGCCAUCUUUACUUCGGCAAAAGGGCCUUGUUUACAUUUAUGGGUUAAUCGCUGAUUUGUCUUGCGUGGAAUCAGAGGGUCUGGACAUUUGGAAAGGGUGGUUCUCACUGUUAGGUACGUGUUAAAUCAGAGCACCAAGGUUUGUAACUUUUGACAGUUUCUGUACAAAAUUAAUGGUAAAUAGGAGUGAAAUAAUACAUGUUCAUUUAAACUCCCAAAAUAUUGGGCUGGAUUUUGGGGGUCAGUCGAAAGCUGUUUAUUUUUUCUCUGUAUGCAUACAUUUUCUAUGGGAUUUUCCAUUCUAAUGAGUACGUAUUAAUUGUUUAAAUACAGGGCUGUCUGUGGGCAGCCUGGGAUUUGUGUGCUCAGUCAGACUAGGCUAUCAUUGGUGAAUACUGUAGAGUCCGAACCACACAUCUCAGUUAAAUCAAAGUCAAAUCGACCACGAAAGUAAAACUGAGGGAAAGGAGGGAAUUAGAAAAAGAAAAAAAAUUCAAAUAUCCAAUAAUCAAAAUUUGAUAACGUUAUUUAGAGAGUCGGAAUUUGUUAGGCAGUUGUUAAAAAGUUAUACUGAUAUAAACUUGCCUACAAGGGAAAGAACAAGCUCCAUUUGUCUCUGAGGAGACUUAUGGAUCAGGACUAUAAUUUCACUCCUCGUGGUGUGUUUGAAUGCAGAGUUUCUCAGCAGGAUAUAGCAAAAUCUCUGGAAGAGCCUAGUACCUUCAGUGAGUAUGUUUUGGGGUAUUUUUUGUAUAACUGUGCAAAUAUUAGAUAUUGUCCAGGUUAAAAAUGGCAAGCAUAAAUAUCCUUGUGAUAAGUCAUACUGUAAAUCAGACUCUGUGGAGAUGUUAAACCAUUUUAACGCUUUUUCUAAUAUUUCUCUGGUCUAAUUCCAUCAUCUCAGACUGUAUAAAUUAAUCACAUUCCAUUGGUUUCUUGUGAAAGUAAUUCUAUUACAGAUUUUGUAUAGAUUAACACCCAAUUAUUGUAAAAAUAAUGCUUUAAUCUGUUUCAAUAUGAAAUUUUUUUUAAUUCUU